UUGAACAGGUGGGCAAAAUCAAUUAUGUUUGAAACAUAAGAUUCUGUAUCGAAAUAAAGCGCUUUAUGUUGCUAAUAGACUACUGGUUGCCUCUUCAGAUUAUUUAUUAAUAAUUCACUGCUUAAAUGACACUUCUAAGAAGUUCACUGUUUAUUCCAUUCUUCACGAUCAUACUAAAAUCUAUGGCUGAGAACAACGAAGCAUAUUGUCCUCACAAUGAUUAUGUUUCUGAAAUCAAGAAAAUAUUUUCAGAUAUCCCCUUGUCAGAGUUGGAUGACGAUACACUAGUCAAUAAUUUGUUGGAACGAUCUGUUUCCGUCUUACAAGUGAUCGACUAUGCCAUGUCCUAUUUUGUUGCUGUAAAUUUUAUCGGCGGAUCGGUUGACGAGUCUUAUGAGUUUGAUGGAUGUUUCCAGUUGGCAUUGGAGGAUCUGUGCUGUGAAGGCGAAUAUCCUUUCAGACUUACUAAGUCACUUAGUUUGUUUUGGUUGUGUAAGCGGUUAUGCAGGAAAAUGUCCAUGGUUUCUCAAACUCUUUCAUUCCUGUAUCAUUUGAAUUAUUUAAAAUGCAUUUAUUUACAUCAGUACCUGAUUGGUGAUGAAAGGUCACCCAAACUAAAAAGUGAAUUUCAAGAUAUUAUCAACGUGUGUGAGGAAUGCCUUGAUUCUACCCACACUACUGAGGACGUAAUUCAGUACUUGAUGUUAUCAUCAUAUCUGAGUGCUUUCUAUUAUGAAUAUGAGGCUUCUAAAACCUUCGCCACAAGAUGUUCUCAGUAUUUAAAUAUCGACGUAAAAUUUUGUGGUGCCCUAGGUAAAUGUACCAGAUUCCAGGAAAAGGAAGUUGCAACUCUCACAGUUAAAGUUAACAGAGUGGUUGAAAGUAAGGACAACAAAACUUCAGGUAACUGCCCAUUGCCACAGAUAAUUUCUCUCGGUGACGAUGUACUUCUCAACAAUGUAAUAUUUAGUACAAUAGAGGAACAAAUUAUUCUCUCUAAUACUGAGCAGUCUUUCAUUUUAUUAUUGUGUGAACUUCAUCGCCGUCACUAUCCACGAGAUGAUAUAACAGAACAGCAGUGUUUAGCUUACAUCAAUACCGUUAUCCGGGCUAUUUACCCGGAUUCUGAAAAUGAAAUAAAAAGUAGUUCUUCUUGGCCUAUUGCCACAGAAACAUUGUUUAGAAGAAGUUUACUGGAACAUAAUUCUGUUAGAAGAACUGAGCGUGCAUUAUCUCAGUUAGAGGAGUUAAGCUGUCAGUUUAAGCGAACUAGUCCGUCGUUUUCUGAGAGAUCUCCCAGUACCUUCUUCCUUUCCAGGAUGCCGUCUAUUUGGACUCUCCAAGUUGAGCAAGGUCGACUACUUAUGAAAAUAGGAUGUUACAAAAGUGCUCUGGACAUUUUUCUGUUAUGGGACAAGUGGUCUGAAAUAAUCGAAUGCUAUAUUCACCUAAAUAAGAGAGAAAAAGCAGAAGAAGUGAUUCGUUCUCGUCUAAAUUCUGGAGAUGAAUCUGCCGAAUUAUAUUGUUCUCUUGGAGAUGUGACAAAUGAUCGCCAACACUAUUUAAAGGCUUGGGAUGUAUCUGGUUGUAAGUCGGCUCGAGCAAUGCGCAGCUUAGCUGUUACAUAUAUGUACACAGAUAAAGACUAUCAAAAAGCAAUUGAAUGUUUUGAAAAAUCACUAGAAAUUAACACUUUGCAAGUUAAUGUAUGGUUUACAUUUGGAUGUUGUUGUCUUCAAGCCAAGGAGUUUAUAAAAGCUGAAAAUGCUUUUCGUUCAUGCGUUCGUUUAGAUCCAGAUAAUUUUGAAGCGUGGAAUAAUUGUGCUACUGCUGUCCUGAUUCAAGGAAAAAAGAAUAUAGCAUUAAAACUAAUGAAAGAAGCGUGUAAAUAUAGUUAUGAAAACUGGCGCAUAUGGGAAAAUAUUCUGUUGAUUAGUGCUGAUGUAAAAGCUUUUCAUGAAACUAUAUAUGCCUAUCAUCGCCUAUUAGAUUUACAAGGAAAGUAUGCAAAUCCACAAGUUCUCAGUGUUAUGGUUAAAGACGUUAUUUUAAAUGAAAUGGAUUCUACAGGAAACCCUGCAAGUAAUUUACGUGCCAAGCUGCUUCAAUUAUUUGGUCGAGUUACAGCAUCUACUCCUAACGAUGCUGUUAUAUGGAAUGAAUAUGCACAUCUUUUGGUUGAUGAACUUCCUCAAACGACUUACACUACAUAUCAACGUGCUGUCCACUGUCUUCAAGCAGCUCAUCGUUGUCGUAUACAAUCAAGUGAAGGACCAUGGGAACAAUCAACAAAAAAAUGUGAAACUAUUAUUGAUGGUUUAAAAGCUUUACUUGAUUUAUUAAAUAAUCCUCCUAAAUUGAAAAAUGAUAAUAAUGAAUCGAAUGAAGAAGAUCAACUUAAUACUUUCAUUCAAUCAUCCUUGGCCACUUUACGAAUAAGCAUAAAAUCUGUAAUUUCCAAAAUGAAGAUUGCUGAAGAAUCUAUUCUUUCAACCGAUGUUCAAGAUAUGAUUCGUUCCUCAGUUAAAGAUUUAAAUGAAUUAUUAAUUGAUGUUGAAAGAAAAUUAAACUAAACUCUUACGUUGUAUAUGCUUUUUUAUCGACUAUCGUAAUACAAAUAAAAGUUUCAGUUC